AUGGAGGAGUCCCAUAAAAUGGGUCUCUUUGGAGCCGCCUCCUACGUCAUCGGCAACAUAAUCGGCUCUGGAAUUUUCAUCACACCUGCCUCGAUUCUCAGGUUUUUCUUUCAAUAUCCUCCUUUUUUUCAAUAGAUGUAUUUUUGAGAGUUCUUGGUACGAGUACAAUUUAACCGCCACUGACCAUUUGAAAAAACUCGUUCUCCGCUCUUUUUGUACCUAUUAUAUAGUCUGAGUUCUACUACUUGAAAUUUCACCGAACGACAUUCCGCCGUUCCGCUGCGUGCAUUUGCGAAGCGUUUUUCGAAUCUAUCACGCUUUCAAUUGAUUGUUAUUGCUGUGGGAGCACAUGAAAUUCGAGUACCUUGAUAAAAAAAAAAUUAAAAGCACGGCCAAGGUUCGCAAAGGCGCGCAGCGGCACAGCGGAAUGUCGUUUGGUGAAAUUCCAAGGUUUGGUGGAGUUCCAAGUCGUGGUAUACAAGCUAUAACAUUUUUAAUGCACAAAAAAUCAACAACGAAUAACGAAAGUCCCGCCCCUAGCCCCGCCUCCUUCGCCUUUUAAGUCAGGAAAUUUGCAUGAAGAUCAAAUGAUAUCUGGAUCUCAACGAGAAUCAAAAAUAGGAAUUUACAGAAGUACGGACAGCGUUGGCCUGAGUCUGGUGAUCUGGGUAGCCUGCGCCCUCAUCGCAAUACUAGGCAUGUCCUCCCUAGAAACCCCAGUAUACCACUUGUUUCAGGAGCCCUAUGCUACAUCGAGUUGGGUACUUCGAUUCGCGAAGCAGGCUGCGACUUUGCCUACAUUUGCUACGUGAAAUGGUGAGUGACGUCUUCAACAACCAAAAUGAACGGGUCUGCAGGUACUCGAUCGCGUUCGCCUUCAUGUGGGUGUCCGUCCUGAUGACGUACCCGGCGACGAUCGCCAUCUGCGCGGAGACCUUCGGCCAGUACCUCAUCGAAGGGCUCCGACAGGUUUUUUUUCAACUCUCCUUUCGAUAAGUCAUUUGCAGUACUACGAGAUCGAUGACGACUGGGCACCGGCUUGCCAAAAACUCUUCGCCUUUUCUUUGCUUUGUGAGUUUUUAGCAAACGACGGUUUCCUUUUUACUGUCUUUUUCCGUCCUUUCAUCGGCCUUUAUCCACCCUUUUUGGACCCUUUUGAGAAACACAAAUUUUUUUGAAUUUUACCAAUGACUGUAUGGACCAAAAUGUGCUACAGUAAUAAAAUCGGAAAUCAUCAAUGGUUGAGACUUUCAGCACCCUUUUUUCACACUUUUUGAGGGGGGUCAAUAAAGGUCGCAAAACGGAACCCUUUUAGCGGCCAUUUUGCAUCCAUUUUCCGCACUUCCGACUUCGCUUGACCUUAGAUUUUAUGCCUCGAAUGUCUUUCGGGAAAUUAAUUUUUUACAAAAAAAUCCAACUGAAUCUAGCUGUGACCGGAAGCAGAAAUAAAUCAUCAAAAAAAGACCACGUGUUCCAGGGCUCGUGACAUGGAUGAACUUCUUCUCACUGAGCAAAUUCGCGGCUCGCUUUCAAAUCGUGGCUACGGUGGCCAAGCUUCUUUCUUGUUUCCUCAUCAUUGUCACUGGCUUUUACUAUUACUACUUCAAAGGUUUCCUUGGAGUGAAACAUGAUUACGAAACAUUAUUCCAGGCUGGCACAGUAACUUGAAAGAGCCAAUGAAGGGCUCGAACUACAACACGGGAAACCUGAUUCUCGGCUUCUAUGGGGGUCUCUGGGCCUACUCGGGCUGGGACGUCCUCAACUACAGCACCGGCGAGAUUUCUAAGCCCAAGAGGUUUGUCAUUUCCCUUGCGUCGUCCUAGCCUCGAUUUCUAGGAACGUUCCGCUGGCUCUUCUCUUCGGCAUCGGCGUCGUCACUGCCGUCUACGUCUCCAUCAACGUCGCCUAUUUCGUUGUUUUAGACGUCGAGACGGUCAAAUCGUCGAAUGCUGUGGCGGCGGUUUUCCCACUCAAAUCCUAUAUUCUGAAUCUUGCCGUUUCAGCUCUUCAGUCAGGCAACCUUAGGCUCUUUGGCCAAUAUCAUCCCAUUCCUGAUCGGAAUUCUGUUGAUCGGCUCUUUGAACAGCAACUUGUUCUCCGGCAGCAGGUGUCCUAUUCCUCCAGGAGAACAUGAACAAAGAGUUUGAAGGUACAUGUUCGCUGCAGCUCGACAAGGACAUCUGCCGGCGUGUUUCGCCUGCGUCAACAAGGAAACCGAGUCCCCACGGGUGGCUGUCUUCGCACAGGUUCUGCUCCUCUGUCAGAGGUCCUGACUACCUUUUUGAAGAGUCUGCUGGCGAUGCUCAUAACCUUCGUCGGCGAUCUGGACAAGCUCAUCGGAUACGUCAUGUUCGGCUUCUGGGCCCAGCGGAUCUUCACCCUCGUCGCUCUUCUUAUGAUCCGUCAUCAGCGUAUUCCAGUGCAUCCAGAAGCCGUUCGAGUGCCGCUCUCCUGGUUUCUCAUGUCGAAUAUCAUAAUCUGACUUCCAUUUUUAUAGCAUAUACUUGUUUUUGGCCAUCACCAUCGCUCUUGUCGUCAUUCCGAUUUUCACAGACUUCGAAGUAUGUUUUGAGCUUUGGAAGAUGGUUGUCAUUACAUGAGGGAAAAUUGCUCACUUUAUAAAAAAAAAUUACAGGUGACGGCAUUGGCAAUCGCCAUUUUGCUUGGAGGAUUCGCCCUGUACUUCGUAUUUGUCUAUAACCACAAUUUGCCGCGAUGGAUGACGCGACUCAACGGUUAGAUUUACAGGGAAGGUGCAAAAGUUGGAGGGUUGAGAAUUUUGAUAGAACUUUAUAGAGAGCAGCUUCUUGAUAAUACUGAGGGUGACCCAGCCGGGCUAACACGAGCUUUGACCGAUACAAGCUGGUAGAGCUUUUGGCAGUUUCCCCAGCUAAGGCCCGGUUUUAGCCCAGUUGGAUCACAGAUUUUCGAAAUAAUUACGGCUGGGUCACCUAUCUUUGCUUACACCCGUUGUCCGACCGUUUUAGCACAACUGAGACUCAAAUUAGCCGGGUUUAAUACGGGUAGACCCGCUGAGGCACCUGGCCAGCAUGAAACCUUGUCUUAGUUAUGGAUAAGCAAACUUCUCGCAUCUCAAAAACAAGGCGAUUUUCACAUUCAUGUUGAAUUUUGUUUACCCAGGUCCUGAAUACCUCUUAUCCUCGAAUUUUCAACCCUGCACCUUUCGCAGUUUCCUCAUUACUCUUCAUCGUAUUCACCGCUGUUCAGAAAGAACGACCUUCCUGUGCUGCGUGGUGUUCGACUGCCUGCCCGACCUGAAGGCCGUCGGCGUUUCGCUCCUGGGCUCAGACUCCUCUCAGGCGCUGCUCGCCAAGCGGUACUCCUUCUGCUUGUCUUUUCCGAGUUUUUCUUUUCAGGUCCUCUUCUACGCGUCUUUCUGAAGACUCUCUGCCGGAUCUUCACUCGGACGAGAAGAACAUUUUGCGGCGAAAUGGCAGCACUGCAGGCCUUAAGAUGUUGUUAGUUGAUAGACGCGAUAUUUCAUGCACAAGCAAAGUUCAAACGGCCUGA